CGCUCUUCAGCUGAAGCUCUGGCGCAUGCGCAGUGUAUCAGUCAGAAUGGCGGCUAGGCUUCUCUUGAGAUCAGCGACCCGCGCUGCUUCUGCUGUUUACAGCCGUCAGCCUCGGCCAGCUCAAGCUCUAGUCAGGGGACUGGCGUCUGGAGGCAUCCCCACAGAUGAUGAGCAGGCCACCGGUCUGGAGAAGAUUGUGUUGGAGGCGUCCAAGAGAGGAACUGAUCCGUAUAAUAUCUUGAAACCGAAGGAGUAUGCAGGCUCCAAACAGGACCCUCACAUCGUCCCCUCCAUAACCACCAAGAGGAUUGUUGGCUGUGUUUGUGAAGAGGACAACACUGCAGUGGUUUGGUUUUGGUUGCAUCAGGGUGAGGCCCAGCGCUGCCCAUCCUGUGGUGCUUACUAUAAACUUGUUCCACAUGAGUUACCCCACUGAAAUAUACACUUCACCGCACAGAUGGCUAAAAACACUCUCAUACUGAUUCAGUCACCAUAGAUAAUCAGACUUAUGCACAAUAUCCUUUGCUAAUCUCUGUUCUGAAGAAUAGAAUUGGACAUUAUAUAACUUUCUAUUUAGUUCUUUCUUAUUGGUUGAUUCACAUAAGCAGAUCUGAAAUGCAAGUUUGGAAGUGCUUUCCUAAUUGUGAAUGCUGGUUUAAUUUUUUGGGGGAGGAAUAGUUUAUGUGCCGUUUUUUUUGCUGUGCAAUAUCAGCUGCUUACACAUUCCAAACUUUCCCCUAGAAAUGCAGUGCAUUCCUUGCCCUGUUACAUAAAUGAGCUAUUACUUAAAAUUUACAAGCAUUACAGAAGUUUGCACAUUCUUGCAAAAGAGAUGUCUACAGACGUUGUCUUUGAUUUCUCAGUGUUUAGAUAAAGUACAUUCCCAAUUCUGUGGGACCAAAAAUAUGCUCCAUUUACUCUGAAAGUGUUGAGCUUGAAUGCUCUACUUGUUGAACUGUCCUGUAAAAUAAAUUUGGUGCUUCAACACA